CCAAGAUCUGUAAGAACAGUUUACAGUAAUGUUAUCUGUGCUUUUUAUUUUUAAUAAAUGACUUAUAUUCAGAUCAUAAUUGAAAGACAAUUUUCAUGACGUUAAGAAAUAUUCGAUGAAGAUAUUAUUAUUCUUACUUGCGUUCCUAUUUUUUAAAUUUAUUUUUGGAUUGAAAGAAGUUCACAUACAAACGCCUACUGCAGUCAAAAAAGGAGAAACUACGAAGCUUUAUUGCUGGUUUGAUACCGAAGGGGACCCGCUAUAUUUAGUAAAGUGGUAUAAGUCUGGUCGUGAGUUUUAUCGCUAUGUACCUCAAGAAACUCCUUCUAUAAAGAUUUUUCCUGUAGAUAAUAUAGAAAUUAAGGAAUCAGAGAGUAAUGCAACACAGAUAACUUUAGUAAAUGUCAAUACCGAUACAGCUGGUUCAUUCAGUUGUGAAGUCUCUGCCGAUGCACCUUCAUUCCAAACAGAAAUAGUAUCGGGGAUUCUAAAUGUUGUUGAGCUGCCUCUCAAUAGACCAGUUAUCAAUGGCUUGAGAAGCAAAUAUCGAGUUAAUGACACGUUAAAACUUAACUGUUCAUCAAGCUUCAGCAAUCCAGCUGCUAAUCUUACUUGGUAUAUAAACAAUAAGCAGGUUACGGAAACAUUCAUUACAACAUAUAUUAUAUUUAAUGAUUCUGGGAGAAUAUCGUCACAAAGUGGAUUACAUAUUCCGAUUCAUCCUGAAUCAUUCAUUAACGAAAAGCUAAAGAUUAGAUGCAGUGCAUCUAUAUAUGAUAUUUAUUGGCAAAGUACUGAAGUCAGUGCUGAAGAGGAAAAAAUAAGAACAAAUUAUUCACUAUCAACAAAUAACGUUAUCGGUAUCAAUUAUCAUCAACCGCCACCAAAUUUUCAACUUGGUCAAAAGAAAUUGAAUGGGGAAAUUAAUGUCCAAGACGCAGAUGUGGUAGACGUAGACGUAGAUGACGCAGACGUAGACGUCGUAGAUAUAGACGACGCAGAAAUCGCAGACGUAGACGAUGCAGACGUAGACGACGAGGACAACGUCUCCGAUCCUGAAGAUGAUGUUGUAGAUGAGGGCGCCGCCGAUGACGAUGAUUUUACUGGAACUAAUCUUUUUUUUAUUUUGUCCGCUAAUUUAUCCUGCACAGUCUUGGUCAGCUCAGCUUUUCUCUUGCGCUCUAAUCGUAAGAAUUCUUGUUUUUUUCUCAUUAUUUCUGCGCACUUCUGGCGACAUAGCUGGGCCCUCACUUGAUCUUCUACGGUCUUUUCAAUUUUAUAGGCUAAUUGUUGCG